UGAAGCCCAUUUUAGUAAAUUCCGACCAUUAAUUAACUAAUCUAAUCUCCCUUUUAGUCAUCGCCGUGUUUGACUUCUAAGAACAUAUAAACACACUCAUUUACAGCUUUUCCGCUCGCACAAUUUCGCCGUCUCUAUGCGCCAUUUUUGCUCUCUGCAAAAAGAAAUCUCAAGCUCGCUAAAAAACCAAAGAGUGAUUGAAUAUAUUUAUAAUUAUUUUUUUAUAUAUUUGAUGAAUAUGUUUUUUAGUUCAAUUUCAUCUUUUUCCGAUUGAUUUAACGAUGAACAGAGGAGUUAGUGGAAUCGACGCGCUGGAGACGAUAAACGCCGCCGCCACCGUGAUCGCCUCCGUCGAGGCUCGCGGCCCUCAUGGGUCCUAUCAGAAAAGGCGCUGGGCAAGCUGCUGGAGCAUCUACUCCUGUUUCGGGUCGAACAAAAACAACAAACGUAUUGGGCCCGCCGUUCUUAUCCCCGAGCCCACUACACUCUCAUCCGGGCCCAACCCGCCCACUUCCGGGCCCGACCCGCCCAUACAACAAGCCCAAUCAAUCAUGCUUCCUUUCGUGGCCCCUCCUUCUUCACCCGUCUCCUUCAUCCCUUCCGAAGCCCAAUCCCCAACCGGCGUGCCAACUUCCGUUGGGCCCUACUCUCCAAAUGGGCCCAAUUCAAUAUUCACCAUUGGGCCCUACGCCCACGAUACUCGGCCCGUUUCUCCCCCAGUCUUCUCCACCUUCACAACCGAGCCCUCGACUGCCCCUUACACUCCUCCGCCUGAAUCGGCCCAUUUAACUACUCCCUCUUCACCCGAAGUUCCGUUUGCUAGGCUUCUCGAGCCGAAUGUUCAGAGAUACCCUUUUGGUCAAUACGAAUUCCAGUCGUAUCAGCUUCAGCCGGGCAGCCCGGUCAGCCACUUGAUCUCGCCUAGCUCGGGAAUUUCGGGUUCGGGCACAUCUUCGCCAAACGUCCCGUUUUUCCUCGAAUUCAGGACGGGCAAUCCGCCGAAGCUUCUUGAUCUUGAGAAGAUCGUUCAGCUGGAUCGUGAGAACUCGAGUGUGGUGAAUCACAAAGUGUCGAUCGAGAUGAAAGGGAAUGAACUUGUUGAGUCUAUUGAGAAUAAUGGCGAAGAUCAUAAAAGAGAAGAAAAAAGAUCGAAAAUGGAAGAAGAAGAAGAAGAAGAAGAAGAAGAAGAUACCACUACUGUAAAAAACGAGAAAAAUCGAGCUGAUGAUGGUGAUGACAUUGAGCAGAAACGUGAAAAAACCCGAACAAUCACACUUGGAUCGAGCAAGGAAUUUAAUUUCGAUGGUGUUAAUGAGAAGGUUGCUGACGAGGAUAGGACUCCGGAUAACCACUGGUUGUUUUUCCGUUUUUCGCACUCGUGA